AUGACUAUUGCGACAAAAGUGAAUUCCGGCAAAAAGGGCAAUGAACUGCCAAAGAUCGAGGUGCCGAAAAUGCCAUCGAUUAGCGAGAUCAAGAACGCGAUUCCCGAGAAGUGCUUCGAGAAGAGCGUCGUCAAAUCCAUCAGAUAUUUGAUUCAAGAUUUUGUCUUGUUGGCCGGAUUGUAUCUCAUCGUCCCAUAUGUAGAACAAUAUCUCGGUUGGAUUGGCCUCAUCGCUUGGUAUUGGGCGAUGGGAAUCGUCGGCAGCGCUCUUUUCGUUGUGGGACACGAUUGUGGUCAUGGUUCAUUCUCCGACUAUGAGUGGCUCAAUGAUUUGUGCGGCCAUAUCGCACAUGCUCCAAUUUUGGCUCCCUUUUGGCCAUGGCAGAAAUCGCAUCGACAACACCAUCAGUAUACAUCGCACCUUGAAAAAGACAAAGGACAUCCAUGGGUGACUGAAGAAGACUUCAAGAACCGAACAUGGAUUGAGCAAUACUUCUCAGUGAUUCCAAUUUCCGGAUGGCUUCGAUGGAAUCCAAUUUACACUAUUGUCGGACUUCCAGAUGGAUCCCACUUUUGGCCAUGGUCCCGACUUUUUGAAACUACUGAGGAUCGCAUCAAAUGUGUUGUUUCUGGACUUGCGUGUGCUUUGUGCGGAUAUGCUGCUUUCGCUUUGUGCAACUACUCGUGGUUCAACUUUUUCAAAUACUACUACGUUCCAUUGUUGUUCCAAGGAUUGAUUCUCGUCAUCAUCACUUAUUUGCAACAUCAGAAUGAAGAAAUCGAGGUUUAUGAACCAGAAGAGUGGGCGUUCGUUCGUGGCCAGACCCAGACCAUCGAUAGAUAUUGGGGAUUCGGAUUGGACACCAUCAUGCACAACAUCACCGACGGACAUGUUGCUCAUCACUUCUUCUUCACCAAAAUUCCGCAUUACCAUCUUCUCGAGGCCACUCCAGCCAUCAAAAAAAUUCUUGAGCCACUCAACGGAACAGCAUAUGCAUACAAACGCGAAACAAAUUACAAUUGGUUCUUCAAAUACCUCUAUUAUAACUUCAAGCUUGACUAUCUGACCCACAAAGCCAAAGGAGUUUUACAAUACCGAACCGGAGUCGAGAAGUCCAAAUCGCAAUUUUCAAUUCUACUUCUUGUCGCUUUCUUCGUUGUCGCUUCGAAAUCCGAAAGUGUGCAUUGGCAGUGGCGUCUAGUGACGUGCAAAGCAGCAGAGACACCACAGCAGAAAAAAGAGGCUUCGACGUGCAGAGUUUCGCUGCUAGAAAGCGAAGACGACACGAACCCGCGGCCAGCGCCAUUCGACCCAUGUUUCGAGGAACCGAACAAUGGAAAACAGCGAAACUACUGCAAUAUUUUAUGCCCAGGCGCCGAUACGGCGUACCUCAUAAAGAGAUCGCCACAAAACCAUCGAAGUUGUUUCGGGCAUUUCACGUACAAAAUCGAAAAACGAUCACCAAACUUUUUCAUUUGGAGGGAUGCAAAAUGUCGCUCAUCAAAUGUCGAAUUCCUUAUUCGGUGUGAAUUCCUUUUCUCACGCGCGUCAUUUCGUUCUGACGACGAGGUGUUCUCGGAGGCCAAAAAAAUAUCGGAUGAUUUACGAAUUUGA